AUGGUCAUCUUCUGCGUAAAACGCGAAACCGCGGCCCCGGCCCCGUCUUUUUCCUUUCGCCCGCCCACCCCCGCGGAUCUGCUGGGCAGUAUCGCGAGGCGGAAUUUCUUGGAGCCCCAGGCUGCGCUCGAGAUUACGGGCGAGUAUGUGAGGGGGGAGGAGGUGUUGGCGGGGGAGGGCGCGUUGGAGCGGUAUCAGAGGGGUGGGGCUGUGAGCCAUUGGCGGAUCAUGAGGUCUGUGUUGCCAAAGGGGGUGUGGGAGAUGUGGUGA